CUUCGCGAGUCAACUCGGAUUAACGAAACCACUUUCUUCAUAUCCGCAACAACCACAAUCAGUUGACGUUUUUACAAUGGUCCGACAGUCGGCUCGGAAGGUAGCCCAGGCGAUGGCAGCGGCAGUUGAAUCAAAAACCCCUGUCGCGAGAGCAGUUGGUGCCUCGGGGGCUUCGGUCAAGACCAAGGCCAAGAUUGAGACGACCAAAACGAAGGUUUCCAAGCGCAAAACUACUCCCAGCGAACCGGAACUCAACGGCGAGGAUGUUGAAAACAUUAGCCCUGCCGAAGACAAGAAACCUGCCCCCAAAAAGCGCAAAACUACCAAGAAGACCGCCGAAGGCACCCUGCUAGCAACCCGGACAGCUGUUGCGUCGCUCAAGCGAGAGAUGCAUAUUGGAGCUCAUGUCUCCAGUGCCGGGGGUGUCCAAAACUCGAUCGAGAAUGCCACCCACAUCGGCGCGAAUGCCUUCGCCCUCUUCCUCAAAUCCCAGCGGAAAUGGACCAGCCCGCCGCUCGCAGACGAAGCCAAGACCCAAUUCCACGCCAUGCUCAAGCAGCACAGUUACGACGCCCGCAAACACAUCCUCCCGCACGGCUCGUACCUCGUCAAUCUCGCCCAAGCCGACGAGGCAAAGGCCACCCAAGCCUACGACAACUUCCUCGACGACCUGCAGCGGUGCGAGGCGCUGGGCAUCACGCUGUACAACUUCCACCCGGGGUCGACGGGGGGCGCGACCAUGAAAGAGGCGUGCGGGCGCAUCGCGGCGCAGCUCAACCGGGCGCACAAGGCGACGGAGACGGUGGUGACGCUGCUGGAGAACAUGUGCGGCAGCGGCAACGUGGUGGGGUCGCGGUUCGAGGAGCUGCGCGACAUCAUCGCCCUGGUCGACGACAAGGCGCGCGUCGGCGUGUGCAUCGACACGUGCCACGCCUUCGCCGCCGGCUACGACCUGCGCACCCCCGCGGCCUUCACCAAGACCAUGGCCGAGUUCGACUCGGUCGUCGGCAUGAAGUACCUGCGCGCCUUCCACCUGAACGACAGCAAGGCGCCCUUCGGGUCGCACCGCGACCUACACGCCAACAUCGGCACCGGCUGUCUGGGGCUGCGGGCGUUUCACAGCAUCAUGAACCACGAGCCGCUGCAGGGGCUGCCGAUGGUGCUCGAGACGCCCAUCGACGAGAAGGGGCCGGAUGGCAAGACGGUGGAGAACAAGCAGAUCUGGGCGGACGAGAUCAAGCUGCUUGAGAGUCUGGUCGGGAUGGACGCAGACAGUGCUGAGUUCAAGGAGAAGGAGAAGGAACUAAAUGCGAAGGGCGCUUCGGAGAGGCAGAAGAUCCAGGAGCAGGUCGAUAAGAAGGCCGAGAAAGACGCCAAGAAGGGGACGAAGGGGAAGGCAAAGGGAAGGAAGAGCAAGAAGGACGAGGAGUCGUGCGACUCGUGCGGUGAGAGCGAUUGAACAGACUGGGCAGGAUUCCCGUCGUUUGUGUGUUUGUGUGUUGAGCUCGUGGAGGACUGAGCAAGACGUGUACUUGUAUGUACAACAACAAAACUUGUCUCCUGGAUAGGGCGGAAGCUAGAGAACAAAGACUGAUACUCAGUGGAUAUCGAAAAUAAAUAAUAAUGAAUACCCAGCACAAAUCCAACCCUCGCAUCUCAUAUUCAUGACUGUCUUUACCAAAGGAUAUCAUCGACCUCGAACCAUAGCAGGGAAAAGAAGAGACAACAAUACGAAAAAAAAAAGAAGUCAGUCACAAAAACCCACCCAAACAAAACCACGCCUACCUCCUCUUCUGCGCCCAAGCCUCCACCUUCCCCAUCAACCCCCUCAACCCAACGCCCC